AUGGAAGAAAUAUUCCUUCAACAAAGCCACCUUAACAAACCUCUUCAACAAACCCAGUCUAUUCCUCAACAAAGUCAACAAAUGUCUCAGCAACAUAUCCAGCAGCCUCAACAAACACCACAACCCUAUCAGACACAUGCCCAGCAAGUAUCUUCUUCACAGCAACAGCAUCAGCAACAAGCCCCUCAACAAAUGCACCAAGUUGGACAACAAUUACAAGGACCACAAGGUUCACAAAUCCAGCAGAAAUUGCCUCAGCAAACUCAUAAUAUCAAUCAACUUACUCAAAUUACCAAUCAACCGCAACAAAUGCCUCAGUCAAAUAAAAUGCAACAAAUAGCUCAGCAAAGUCAGAAAAUUUCACAUCAACUUCAACAUAUUAUACUACAGAGUCAACAGAUACCCCUACAGACACAAUUACAACAUUCUAAGCAAGUGAAAACCACUCAAAUUCAGCCUCAGUCUCAACAGAUUCCUCAAGAACAACAGAUUAGUCAGAGUCAAAUGAUUCAUCAAAAUAAUCAACAAAUAAAUCAUACGGGGCAAAUGAUUCCUCAGCAAACUCUUAAUCAAGGACAACAGUUAAAUCAACAAAACCAACAAGUUCAACAUCAACAACAACAUCAACAACAAUUAGCCCAUACUAGCCAACCUAGUAAACCAAUGUCUCAACAAAUUCUACAUCCAAAUCAGAGUAUGCCUCAACCAAAUCAAGAACUAACUCAGAAGUUGGGAAUAAGUCAAUCAAAUUCCAAAAUGUCUGUAUCUCAAUCUAAAAACCAACACGCAAUUCAACCACAACAGCCACAACACAUGCAACAAACUAGGCAACAAUAUCAACAACCUCAAAAAAUGAUGCAAUCUCAGCCACAACAAUUGCCAAUGCAAAAUAAUCUCCCCAUUAUGCAUCAGGCAAGUUAUUCACAGGCGCAAAGUUUGAACGCUAUGCAAAUUCAUCAAGCCGUAAUGCAAAUUCCGAAUAACACUGUUACAUCUACUCAGCAGCAACAGCCAGAGGGUCAAUCUAAUAUGAUGAAGCAAUCUCAAAUAUCCACUAGGCCACAAAAUAUCAUACAACCAAAUCCUAUGACCCAACAACAGUUGACAUAUUCACUACAACAUGUGCCUAUUAACACAAACUAUGCUAACAGUAUGCAACAUUUUUAUGUUCCUUCCCAACAACAAAUGGCUCCAUCAUACAAACCUUCAAUGAACACUGUAGAAACUGUCAAAAAAAAAGAAGACAAUAACACUGAAGUUGUUGAUAAUGGAACAACUAACAACGCAAUUACCACUGUAGAAAUCGAUAACAAAAUUGAACAAGCUAUAGAUUUGGUCAAAAGCCAUCUCAUAUAUGCUGUGAGUAAAGAAGUAGAAGUAUUAAAAGAGAAGAUUUCAGAGCUAAUGGAUAAAGUUGGACAAUUAGAAAUAGAAAACUCUAAUCUUAGGAUGCUUGUACCACCAGACAUGUUAGAACAAUACAACCGUGAAAAACAAAAAUCUACAAAUGAUCAGUCUACUCAAAAUCAAUAG